AUGAGAGUAAAAGAAGGUGUGGAAGGGUUACAAUGGAUCCUCUCGACUGAGAGCAAAGUAAAUAAGACACAAACAAGACAAGCCCUUGUUGCAGGUGGAAUGAACGUACUGGUGCCGGAAGAGGAUGUAAACAUCUCAUGGAGGCUGCUCAUUCUGAGGAUGCACUAUCACAUGCCUAAUGUCCACCCACCACCAACUCAAAAGCACAACCAAGAGUGGGAAGUGAGACAGAUAUUUGCAUUAUUAGAUGGUGAUGCACAUAUCACAAAUGGGAUGGACAGAUACUUGAGGCAGGAGCUUACUUCUGCUAUCCUGACAGAAGUUUACAACCCACUCUAUGUGGAAGUGAACAGCACAUUUGAUGAAAUGUACAUCACUACAAAUCGCCUUGAUACAGGACUCUCCAAGAUCUUGUUCAUUGUAGACGGUGAAUUCAACCAGGCAAACCUCAAGAUAUUAAGUCAGAAGCCGUACAGGUGGUCUUGGGAGACCAUUGCAGCUGAAACCUUUGGCUCUGGCCAGCUCUGGGAUUUCAUUCCCGGCAGCCAGGGAGAUCCUACUGGCCUCGUCUACCAACGCUAUCAGAAGAACAGAAAACGGGAGGAAACCAUUUGCUUCCUUUUUGUAUCUGCUAUGAUUGCUAUUCGGAACCAGUUGCAAAAGGAUGUUUUCACACCGCAGGAGGAGAGGUUGUUGGGCUUGGUCUUCGUCUGGAAAGCUGGAAAGAAGCGGAAAAACUGUAUCUUGUGCGCCGCAGGUGCGUACACUAAGCAGUUGGGCAGGAGCAAUACAUACCUGGCCCCUGAGAACAGCCAGAAAGACUAUCAGAAACUGGGAUCUCCCCGGUCAUGUCGAGUGUCAAGUAAACCUCAGUCUGAGACGGAUGUAGCCUCGAUACAGUUACUGCCAGAAGAAGAUGAAGAAACUCUCCUGAGGCCCUCCGGACGUGAGAUGGGCUAUGGCUGGGAUAAUCCAGAAUUCGAUUUGCAGUUUGAUAAAGUGUACAAGUGGAUUGCCAGUAAUCCUGGAGAGAAAAAUAAUUUCAUGUCGUGUCUCUUCAAACUCAAUCAUCGUUAUUUACACAGCAGGAUUAAGUUUGUAAACAUCAGUUCUCACAUACUGGAAGAAAGUCUGCGCCCUGCAAUGGAGCAGCAAGAAGGAGGAGCAAUUGCAGUGGAAGAAGAGAUCGAUGGUUAUCAAGAAUUGACAUCAAAAGAGGCAUUUGAUAUUGAGAAGUUAAUGGAGCAAUUUGAUCAGUCUAUUUCCAACUCAGAAGCUUUUGCAGACAAAAUGAGUAAAGAUCUUCAUGUGUUAGAUGAGGCAAACAUACAAUCCAUCAUUGUGUCUGAGAAGCAAGUAACUGAAAUGAUGGAACUGAUUGAUGUGGCUCUUGUUGAAGUGAAGAACAUUGAGCAGACCCUUCAAACUUAUGAAGAGUUGCUGCAGAGUGUUAAAGAACAGAUGGAUCAUAUUCACCAAAGCAAUUACCAAUUACAAGUCAUUGAUUGUAACCAACAAAAACUUUUAGAGGAAGUCAUUUUUCUUGUGCACAAAUUGGACCUUGAUAAAGAACAUCAACAUGCAUUAAGAAAUGGUGAUCUGUGCACACCUGAGAAUUCGCAGUCUUGCAUUGUUGCUGUUGAAGCUCUGAAUAAUUGCAUGAAUGUUAAGUUAUUUCCAGGCCAUCGGAAACUGCAAGGUGUGGUGGAACAAUUAAUAAUGUUUGAAAACUUACGGCAGCAAUUUGAAAGUCGAUUCAUACGGCAUAUUAAUUCUUUAUUUGUACUACAGGGAAAUGACCAAAACAUUGGCUUGCUGCAACAAUCGGGAGAGCUAAUUUUUCCCAAACAUAAUAUUUUUCAAGAUGAAUUAUUGCCAUAUAGCCCUCUAAUGGCUUGGAUUAAAAACAACAGCCCUGCUAUUUUUACUGAUCUAUCAAAGGUGUAUUCAGAAAGCAUUAGAAAACUUUAUGAAAAACAAACCAAAGAAUUCUUUGAUCUGGUGAAGUUUAAGUUAACCGGAAUAAAAGAAGGCAUGAGAUUCAGAAUUCAGGAAAGUUUUGAAAAGCUGACUGCUUCUACAUCCAACCUACAGAAAACACUUUUCAGAAAUUCUUUAUAUGAGCAUUUAGGAUCAGAAACUGACAUUGCAGAUCGUGGAAUGAUGGACAAGGCAAAGGAUGAACAGGAUAAAGAAUGGAGCAUUUCUACAUUUUGUACACAGAUCAUAGACCAGGUAUUAGCCGAACUGGAACCCAUAUGUAUUGCCGAGGAGGAAUUUAUCACCAAAUUCUUUAUGUUGACAGAAGACACAUGCAGUGAAGCACCACAGUUGUUGGGGAGUAAGUGUGAUCUCAUUCAUGUGGUUAACCAGGAUUCAAUGGAGAGAGUACAAACUUAUCGGAGUGCUACAGAGCAGGAAGAUCCCAGUAUAAGCACUAAAAAGAAAAUUAUGAGUGAAAUUUUCAGUACUCUUGAACAAGAUCUAAAGGGGUUUGUAAACCUGUGUGACAAGAUCAACCCUUCCAACACCCUGCAUUUGCUGGUAGUAGUGAGCCAGCGUGCACUGAUAACUCAAGAUUGUGACCGUUCUUCCUUUCUCAAAUCUACACUUGGAAACAUUCUGGUGCACAUUAAACGCAACUUUGACAAAUGCAUUUCUACUUUGUGCAAGCAAAUAGAAGAAGCUAAGGUCCCAAAGAAGACUAAGAUUGGUAUUCUGCCAUUUGUUAUUGGAUUUGAGGAGUUUGUAACUGUUGCUGAAGCUGUCUUUAAGAAUGCUGAGAGAAGAGGUGAUCUGGAUAAAGCUUACAACAAAGUAAUGGCAGCAGUCUUCACCAGUGUUGAAAAUAUUGCCUCAAUGAAUCUGAAGACUCCACCAGAUGUGGUUAUGAUGGAGAAUUUUCAUCACAUUUCCUGCUUCCUCUCGGAAUUGAAAAUCCACAGUCUUGAAGAAAGGAAAAAGCAAGCUUCUCAAAAAUAUUCAGAACAUCGUGAUCUCUAUGUUACUAAAUACUUGGGACGGCCUUUGGAGAAACUAAAUAUCUUCUUUGAUGGAGUCAAGGCCCGUAUUGCACAGGGUGUCAAAGAAAAUGAAGUUAGCUAUCAACUGGCAUUUAGCAAACAGGAGCUAAGGAAAGUGAUUGAAAAAUAUCAAGGGAAAGAGGUAAAGAAAGCGCUGGAAAAUCUGUACAAAAAAGUGGUUAGACAUCUGAGUGAAGAAGGAAACCUGUUACAGGUAGUGUGGUAUACAAUGCAAGGAGAGUUUGUCCGCCAGUACAAGGAGUUUGAAGAAAUGAUUGCUCGGUGUUACCCCGGCUCUGGAAUAACCAUGAAUUUCAGUAUAGAUGAUAUUCUGCAGUAUUUUCUGGAUAUAACAAAGUCAAACUAACUACCAACUGUUUAAUAUUGUGUCAGCUCCUAUUCAAACUCAAAAUUGGUUAAAUUAUCAUAAAAGAUUUGGAAUCUUUCACUUGUACAGGGUUUGUUAUGCAAAAUUUUAAGUUGUGCUAACUCCAAUGUUGUGAUUUUAUAUAAUUAAAUGAGAACACCAGCCUAUUGUAAUUUUAAUUAUUAAGAAAAUGCCUUGUAGAUUUUGUUUGGAUUCUCAUUUCAAAAUCAACAUUUAGAAACUUAUAAAGCAUUGUAGUAACUAAGAGAAUGACUCUAAAUUAUACUGUUGAAUACUUAACAUUUGUUGGAAAAGGGAGGAUACUGUUAUGCCAGAGGCUAUUGGUGCUUCUGGAAGUUUUUCAAAGUUCCAUCAUGCUGAAGGAAGCAGGACUGAGGGUAGGAUCAUAAUGCUGUGGGGUACUGUAGACAAUUCCAGCAUUAGAAAAUGACUGAUACACAAAAGGAUAAACCAAAGGAAUAGCAGCCUUGAUACUCAACACAAAUGAAGGUGUGGAAUGUAACUGGGUUGCCACCUCGACCCCAAAGAUGAUAAACACUUCUGUCUUAAAAGUGAAAGCAACUUCCUUAUGAAGAGGUGAGUCUGACUUUGAUAGUUUGGGAGUGAAAGAAAAAAUCUUCCUUUUUUCACCGUGCAUUUCAUUUGAACCUUCUGGAUGAUGGAAGUACCCUCCUCAGAAGCCAAGAACUAACUAUCCUCUCCCAAAUCAAAGCAUUGGAUACAUAUCAGCACUUGGGUCAGCUACUAAGUUCUUUGAAGCGAAUAACCAGAAAUACUAUUCAAAAAGAGAAAAUUUUAAUGUCAGCCAUUCUGAACUACGCUAUUUACAGACUGAAACGUGAUUUCCUGCAGUUGUAGCAAUUGAAAGUGUUUUUGUUAAAUAUAAGCGUUGUUACAGUUACUGAAUUUUGUUUGUAUCUGUGUUCCUUAAGAAGAAAAGUCUGGAAAUAAAAAUAGAAACUUUUUACUGAG